AUGUUUGGACAUCAGACUAUUCCCCUUGAACCUUCGUCAGAAACUGUGCCACAAUCUAGGUCAUUGGACGCUCCGUCACGGACACCAGACUUUACUAGACCAACACCAGUCAACUAUUCCCUACUCCCUGCGGUCUUUCGCCCCGAUCCUAUUGCCGAGGCGUACAAGAAAGGAAAGUUUCAUGACCCUGAGGCCAUGCGGUACCUCAACUUUCUAGUUGGGAUGGACCGAGAUGACUUCAAACCCUACAUGGUCGAUUUCUUGAAUUUUGCUGCCUUCGAUGGUCUGAAGCGAUACCAUGAUCCCAGCUUCCAAAGUAGUGUCGACCAGCGCUGUCACGCGAUCGGCUCGGGGAUGAAGCCCAUGAGCUGGGCUGAGGCGGGACGAGGCAUCAAGGACGCGCUGCAGAGGGUUCAUGAGCUGAGGAUCGGCGUGAUUGUGGUCAUGUUGCGCUGCAAGGCCCAUCUCCUACUUCCCGAGGACCCAGUCAUGAAACAGGCCUUCUGCAUUGUGGCUUCCCUGGGGUACCUCUUGGAAUCGGUCAAGAAGCUCCGGCAAAGGUUUGAGGGGAUUGGACCAGGUCGUUGGAACGCGCGAAAUGAUGCUACUGUGCUCGGGGCUAUCAUGGCUCAUCUCGACACCAUGAGAGAUAUGGCCAGGGUUUUGGAGCGGAUGAAGGGACUCGCGGAUGACUUGGCUCUUGUGGAUGAUGACCGUCCCAAGAGGAUGAUAUUGUUGAAAUGGAUAGGCGACGAGAUGACUAACUGGCCGAGAAUGUCUGCUUAG